UGCUCCGUAUAGCACGCGACUCGUUGGCUAGAAACGAAGUGAUCGUACUCUAUCGGGGAAUGUUUCGCGCACAGAGGGAUAAAUUAGCGCACGCUGUCCACCCUCACCCUCUGGAUCCUUUCGAUUUUCACCCCCGUGGCGAACUCGGCCAGUGGAAACACGGACGGUCCAGGAACGCGUCGAACGGUCUGGUUUCGCGGGGAAUCGCCGAAGAGACGGACAGUUGGGAGAACGGAAGAGCGUAUGCGACAUACGCGCGUAAUUACCGCGGCCAAUCGGGGAUUGAAAGCGGUGGAAAGCUUUGUCGUAGCGCGUCGAAGCUCCGGGGUCCGCUUCGUCGGUUGGUUCCCUCGCAUGCGUGCAUGAACGCGAGCGAGCACGCGCGCGCGCAAUACGGCAGCACGACGGUGGUUAGGUUCAGUCGGAUAUUGACGUUCGCAUGCACGGGGCGCGCAGUCAGAGCUCUCUUCAGCCGUCAGGUUUCACCUGAGACACACGAACGAGGAACGAUACGCGCGUUCUCCAAUUCGCCAUCCGAAACCAGGCUGAGAAUAUCGAAUAAUCGAGCAACCAGUCGCGCAACGGCGAGCAGAGAAAAUAGCCGUUCGCGCGAGAAGGGAGGCUACUGGAACCCGAGCUACAUGGCUCCGAAAACCGUCCGUUCGAACCUUCACCGUCCACGCGUCUCUUAUUCGCGUUCGAGCGAACCUCGGUUCGAUCAGCGGACCAUCGCCACGAAAUAAUUCCGGACGAUCGUCUUCGCCGCGAGAGGAGAUCCAUCCAGUCCGUCAGCGUCUGAUUCGACGACACCUCCACCCGCGGGAGAAAAACGAACGUGACGGAAACGAUAUGCUGCCCACUCGUUGAAUCAAAAUUUGCAACGAUUAGAGGACACGCAGCCCUUCGAAGCUUAUGUCACACGCGAUCGAGAACAAGAGCGUUCACGGAAGAAGAAAGAGGAGAAAAGAAGAGAAGAUCCGGGUGACCGUGACGACAGGGCUGAGCAGAGCUAGGGCAUGCUCCAGGACGAUACGACCGUGUCAGCGACGUGAAACGUGAGCUUCCUUCGAUUCCUCCGUGUUUGCCAAGUGAUCGUCCCCCCUGUGCUCUUGCGAUUUCGAUGCUUCGACGGCCGAUGUCCGCGCUUCCGCGUACGGUAACCCUCCCGACGGUCGUAGCACGCGCGUCUCUCUUCGAUCAUCCCCGUAUCGCUUCCUUCGAAUCGAGUCGUCGUUCCCGUGAGUUUUCGUUUCGAUUCUUCCGUUGAUAGACCCUCGUACCGAGGCACCGUUCCCCACGCGAGGCGACGUUGCAAAUUGGCGGAAAAAUUGCGACCGAUGCACGACGACUCUCCCUCGUACUCGACCCUCGCCGUUAUCGAUUACGCUCGUCGCUCGAGAUAGAAGUUUCAAUCGUUAAUUUUCUCUCCCCGCGAGCCAAGUCGACGAGAUCGGGCAUUCCGUCGUCGAAACGACGCGUACCGUUCGUCCCCCGGACCCAACGACCAUCACCCACGCGAUUUUCGCGCCUCCUCGACCGUUCUAUCCGUGAGAAUCGAGUCGUUCCGGAUAAUUGCGCGAGUUCUCGAGACGCGACCUAGGCGAAGUGCGAUAUCCGCGCCGCGUGUACCCUGAUUUGCCAGAACAGGCGCACUCGUCGCGCCGGUCAUGCCUUCCUCGUCACCCUAAGCAAUUUUUCUACCAGGGAAACGAUCUUACGAAUUACGAGAUAUUCUUAUAACGAACGACUGACACCCCUGCUCGGCCUUUGACACCGUCGUCAACUUCUUCGUCCGUUGUUGUUGCCCCCGACGGUCCACAGUCAGCCGUAACCGUCUCCCUCGUCGCCGUUUGUUUCAAACGCUGGUGCUGGUUCAUCGAAAUCUGAGAAAAAUUUAGUACAAAGAGGUAGAUACGAAUUGCGAAAAGGAGAAGUAUAUAGUCGACGUGAAAACGAUUGCCUGGAGAGACCGCUGUUUAUCUUUGGAACAAGAGACUAUCAGGUGAAGAAUGGUAGUGAAGAACGAGAACACGAGGAAUGGGCACGAGUUGGCUCCGUUGAACGACAAUCGUCAGCCCGGCCAGAACGUGACGAUCGUCGUAAGCGGCACGCAAAAUGUAGCCGCCGGUCCAGAGACGAAGGAGGAGAACAGAGCAGCAUGGAGCGGCAAGAUGCAGUUUUUCCUCAGUAUUAUCGGAUACAGCGUGGGACUUGGGAAUAUCUGGAGGUUCCCUUACCUGUGCCAACAGAACGGUGGAGGUGCCUUUCUCAUCCCCUUCUUCGUGAUGCUAAUCCUAGAGGGUGUACCCCUAUUUUUGAUCGAGCUGGGUCUCGGUCAACGUAUGCGGCAGGGCGCCCUUGGCGUAUGGAACACGAUACACCCGUGGCUAGGAGGCAUAGGAAUAGCCUCGUGUAUCGUCACCUUCUUCGUAGCGCUUUACUACAACGUCAUCAUCACCUGGUGCUUCUACUACCUUUUCAAUUCGCUCGAGGCUGUCACGGUUAAAUUCGGCGAGCCGUUGCCUUGGGCGAAGUGUCCGGAAGUGGAUGGCAAGCCCGUCGAGGAAUGUGUCAAGAGUUCCGAAACUGCCUAUUUCUGGUACCGAACCACGUUGGACGCGGCCCCGUCGAUCGAAGCUGGUCAAAGUCUCAAGUGGUGGAUCGUCCUUUGUCUGCUGUUGAGCUGGGUCGUCGUCUUCUUUAUCGUGAUGAAGGGGAUACAGUCCUCUGGAAAGGUGGUAUAUUUUACAUCCAUGUUCCCGUAUUUGGUGCUUACUAUCUUUUUUAUUCGUGGAAUAACGUUAAAAGGUGCCAGCGCUGGAUUGGCCCAUAUGUACACGCCAAAGAUCGAGAAACUGUUAGAGCCGACGGUCUGGCUCGAUGCAGCGACGCAGGUUUUUUACAGUUUCGGGCUAGCGUUCGGCUCCUUGAUCGCGUUCGGGUCGUACAACACCCCGGACAACAACUGCGUCCGGGACGUGCUCCUGGUCAGCGGUUGUAACGCCUUCACCGCUAUUUACGCGAGCGUCGUUAUAUUCGCCAUUCUAGGCUUCAAGGCGAUGACGAACGUCGAUAAGUGCAUCGCCAGUAACAAAGACUUACUUAUCGAGAACGGAUUUAUAGCUCACGAGAACAUCACUAUAGACGAGUACGAGGAUAUCGUAAAUAAGUGGAACGCGACGGCGAUGAACAUGACGCUUAGCAGGUGUAGCCUGAGCGAGCAGUUGGAUAACGCCGCCGAAGGAACGGGGCUGGCUUUCAUAGUAUUUACACAGGCGAUAGUCGAGUUGCCUGGCGCGCCAUUUUGGUCCUGUAUCUUCUUCCUGAUGCUCCUAGCCCUCGGUCUGGGCUCGCAGAUCGGUAUACUCGAGGGCAUGCUGUGCGUCAUCUUCGACAUUGAUUUGUUCAAGCGAAUAAAGAAGCAGUACAUGACAGGGGUGGUUUGCACCGUCUGCUUCUUCGUGGGUCUGAUUUUCUGCACUGGCGCUGGGGAAUACUGGCUCAAAAUGUUCGACAGUUUCGCUGGUACCAUCGGCCUGGUGAUGGUCGCGCUCAUGGAAAUGAUAUCCGUCAUCUUCAUCUACGGCCACGAAAAGUUCACGAAAGACAUAGAGGAAAUGACAGGAUACAGACCAGGGACGUAUUGGCAGGUCACCUGGCGAUUCCUCGCCCCCAUAAUUAUGGUUUGCAUCCUUCUUUCCAGCAUUGCGUCUAUGUUUAUCAAGAAGCCCACGUAUUCAGCGUGGGACGCCUCGCAGGGUGUAGCGGUGGCCACCAGUUAUCCCAGUUGGGUGCUGGCCAUAGCAGUCGUCAUCAUUUUCGCCGGGGUCGCGCCAAUACCGAUCGUCUUUCUUUUGAGACGGUUCCAAUGCGUCAAGCUGGACGUUGACAUCCACCAGGGAAGUAUACGACGCAUCGAUACCACUGUUUCCACCAAGGAAAUGAUGGGUGACGUUGAUCUGGACGAGUACCACGAUCGUCUCGAAGACUUCCCCGAGGAGGACGAGGACAUAAACAGCGACGACGACAACAACAGCGGGCCCCCCAUGACGAAGAUCGUCUCCAACAAGCUCCAUCAGGGUAAACCGUUCAAAAUGGAGGUAAUGGACUUUUAAGCCCGUUGGCCUGGGUUCGCAGUCACUUCUUCUCGUUGGAGGGCGUCUCCGCGAGCAACGCGAGGAAAGGAUGAUCGUCGUUGCCUGUACGAGGAUUUCGGUUGUCGAGCGACGCGUGACGACGACACGAAUUACCGUUCCGUUUGCGAACAAGAACCGAACGAUCGGUGCUCUCGAAAGCAAUAUAGAAAUAUUUACUACCUUCCGACGAACUCGCGACACGGGAUUAGCCGUUGAAGCGAACUAAACAGAUGUAAAAAAGAUUCAGCGAAGACGAAAAAAGGUCGCGCAGUGCGCGCUCGCAAGGAUGGAUCGCAAUAGAUCGUUCGCGACGAAUCGUUUGUUCGGUUCUGUCGAGACACGCUAAAUCGUUUCUAACGGCCUGAACGUCGAAUGAUUUCGUUUACUGAAUCGAUUCUUUCAACGCGAAAACGCUCGGAAUAUGUCGAUAGCCAACCAGGAACAGAGAGAAAAUAGAAUUACGCGCGAGUCCCUCGGCGUCGAUAAAUUUAGACCAGUGGUGCACAAGCGUUAGCUCCAGUUCAUGUUGCAAACAAAAUUGAAGGCAAAUUGCCAAAAAUAUGUAUGAAAAAAAGUGGGCUUGUUGUUGCUAUUAUAUUUGUAAAAUUUCAACUGGGUGUUAUGAUACUUCAUUGUUGGUCAAGUAUUAAAUAAAAAAGGAAUGUCGAUCUUCACGCGACUCUUCAGCCUCCCUUUCAAUCUUAGUGAUACAUAUAAAUACAAUUGAAACUCACAGGAAUAUGUGUUAAAAACAAAUGAACAUUACUUGCAUCGGAAUAAAUUGUCCUUUCUUAUCUAGCUAACCCUAGAUAAGAUUUGAUUUAUAGCCAACCCUAAUUUAAUAUACUUAUUUCUCAAAAGAGAAACGAGUAGAAUUUAAAUAGAAAACAGCUGGAUCGAAAGGGUCGAGUGACAGAGUGCUUCGAUAAACCUUUGAACAUACAUGUUUUAAAUAAAUUAGGCGCAUUUCGAAAUACUACCCCCUUACCCAGAGAAUCUUAUUUUAUCAGAUUUUAUUUCACGUGGCUCAACGAAAGAUAUAGUGCACCACUGAUCUAUACUAUCCCCGCGAAGAAACGAAUCGCGUCGACAUCAGUCUCCCUCGUUCGCGCUUUAGAAAGAGUGCCGUCUACAUUUGCGUUCGAAUGAAACGACACGUUUCGAUCCAUCUUCCUCGUCGCCUGCAUCGACGCUUCGACGAAGCGUUCGACGCUCGUCGAACCUUCUGACGGAAGGCUCGUCAAAGAGAAUGGAAGCGACAGCUCGAUACGCGCCGAAUACAUCCGGUGUCGCGGAUGGAAAGCGAUGCAGCGAACGAAACAAGAACGAAUCGCGUACGCGUACUUCGAACGGUACAGUUGAAAUAACAUUAACUGGUCGCACGAAGCUGGUUUGUGCACGAUUUUUACAGCUCGUAAGUGUACAAUUUUUAAAGGACGAUCUUAUAGUCUGGAAUUAUUAGUCGCUUUGCGUUUCGACGUCUUUGGAAUCUAUAAAUGUUGCAAAUUACCCGAAUCUACGAAAUCGGCCGCGGCGUACCGAAUACUGGGUCUUUUUGGACCCAACAGUGUCCAUCGGCGUUUCUCGUAAUUAAAGUAAGACGGACUAGUAUACAGUUAUUUUAUAUAAUCGUUUCUCGUCAGCGAUCGUCGCAGCAUCUGAAUUCAACGAACGUAAGUCGCAUCUUUGAGAAUCUAGUAGAAAUUAAAAAUAACUAUAAUGACAAUAUUAGUCGAACGAUGGGUAGACUAGUAAAGUAACAUGUACCGUGACUGUACAAAAAUGAAUUUAUAUCGAUAUCUGUAGCACGUAUUCGAUAAGCGUCAUUUUUCACCAGGAGUUUUUGCAUCGGUAGAUCGAAUAGAUGUUGUUACAACAUUACGGCAAGUUUUCAUUUCUGCAAAGAAAAGAAUUUGCAAUAACGUAAUAUCUCGAAUAUCUAGGAUUCCCUGUUUCACAGAGGACACUCUAGCCGAUACAAUGAAGAUAGCAUCCAUCUCGAGUAGCUUUAAGCGACCAGUUGAUUUAGUUCCAACAGUACACGUGCAUAAUACAUUAAUGACCUGGUCGCAUCAAGACAGACAGGCUCGCAGGCCUGUAAUAGGUGUCGUGAAACACUUGCGCCAACUGGAGGGGUCAUUUCCAUCGCCUCCGAGUGCAUCGAGGAGUUCUCUGUAUCUCUUCCAUCCGUAUCACAGUGGAGCCUUCGUAGCAGUAAAAAAACGGUGUCAGAAAUUCCUAUAAGCAACGAGAUCUGUUCAAUUAGAUAACUGAAGAAAGCCACGUAUAGACCAAAGAGCCAAGGCAACCACUCGCAUCCGAGCACAUGUGCCUUGACUCUCUUCGCGCAAUGCAUUAACUUGUAUUGACCCGUUAUGUAAUCCUCAAGCACUUAUCAACAAUUUGCUUUCGUUUGAAACGAAAGACACCACACUUGUUGCUAAGCGACGCGACCCUUCCAUUUGUCAACGCAAGACGUGUUGAAUCUAUUAACCCUUUAUUUACUGAUUUUCUCAAAAGGUUUUCAAAUCUAGGCGUCCAUCUUGGUCUUAUAUCAUCUUAUAGAGUUGUCUCUAACAAGCUUCCAAAAGAAAAGAAGCUUGCGCUGCCAUCCAACAAUUAAAAACGAACUUCAUAGAAGUGGUUAAUUAACACGUUGAUUGCCACGCUAAUUCACAUGGAAAUGUGUACGAGACUAAAAUUUUGUCUCGAGACUAUUGGGAAUUAUAGAAUCUAUCAUUUGUCGUAUUACCAAUUUUUAUAUCCCUGUAAAAAUUUACGAAUUCUAUCUAGAUUCGUUUUCGUUAACACUCAGUCCUUAAAAUUAAUUGUUGAAGUUCCUCAGUAAAAAGCUCUGUCACCCAUAUAUGAGUGACGUGACGUGUCAACGUGUUAAUACAGUACCAUGAGAAAAUUGACGGGACUUACAAGUCCCGCCAGUAAAUAAAGGGUCGAGGUUCCACUGUGAAAUUAUCGAGCUUUCGCGGUUCCUCCUAAUUGGAAGAUCGACUCGUAGACGGUGCCUACGUUCCUACUGCUUCCAAACCUCAGGGGUGAGAGUAAACGUCGCGGGGAGUAAAUCUCGAAAUCUAAACUAUAGGGGUACACGCCUAUCCGCGUAGUAGCGCCGUACGGGUAGGACGAUAGCGUGCAAUAGACGGUAAUCACGUUACGACUAACGUAUUCGUAAAAAAUACUUCCGAUAGAACCCGAUUACUUAAAAGACGGAAGUAGAACCAGCGAUUGUUACCGUAAACGCGGUUUGUCGACGAAUUUUUAGCAUCGUACUUAAGGAAAAACAAAUGGAUAAACCAGAAAAAGAAACGCGAAAUAAAGGAUACGAAAAACGAAGCAGGGAUUCGAGUCAUCAGAUUUUGAGUUCCAUGGUAGCCGACAGUCGGGUCGUUCACUGAUAAUACCGUAAACGGCGCUAUUGAUACCCGAGGCAGCACCCGGGUACGUAUCGCGUAACGUCUCACUUUGUUUGAACUAAAUUAUAUCAUUUUACAUGUUCCUGAAAGUCUUCAAUACUCGCAAAUUUCCCCGACAACGUUUCUAUCUCUAUCAUUUCGUUCUGUGUCUCCUUCGUUGCACGGCUGUUAUCCAUGAUAUUAUAUUUGUUUUGAUAGCAGUCAAGCUGAUUGUGAGCCUCGCCUUUACACCACUCUGUAUAUGUACUGUUUAUAUGGUGUAAUAAAGACGUUGUUGUUAUUAUUACUAUUAUUAUAUGUAAGCCGAGUAUGAACCCGCUCGAAAGUGACCCUACCCUCAGAACGAACCAACCAAACUCUUGAUUACCCUGAUAUAUCGGGUGCUCGGUUCGAAUCGAUAGCAUCUAGCCGAAAACGAGGGACUGAGGGAACGUUCGCGACAUUUGGCAUACAUAUGUGAUUUUUCUCGUUCUCCCUCUUUUUCUCCCUCUCACUUUUUACCCCGAUGGACAUCGGGUCACCACGCGCAACACCAAACCAUUGACGAAAACACGCGCCAAAACGACUAUUCUUUCCCUCGACAGCGGCGUACGCCUACUCGAGAGCGUCAGGGUGGCGUUUGGAACACGUGUGACGUUCUUGUACAGAUUUCAGCCAGCGAACACGUUAACGAGCUUGUAAGAUAUCAAUAUUUCGGUUUCAAGAUUUAGCCCACUCGUAUAAUACAAUUAAUACUUGUAAAAUAUAAUUGGAACACUUGUUUGCUCGAGAAUUAUUUGAGUUCUUCGGUAUUACAGUACGAGACACGAGUAUUUAAAUAUUAUUCAAGUUUAUCUGAUUAUUCGAGGACUAGGACUUUAGAAGCUUGGACUUCUCAAACAUUGUCCAACAAACAGUAUCAACAAAUAGUACUAUCGCUUAAAUAGAAGUAAAUCGAAUCAUGAAUCAACAAACAAUUUUUCGAUAAAGGAAAAUAUGCUUCCUUAAAGUCUAAGGUAUACCUCCAGAUCGCUAUGUCUGUUCCAUUCGCUAUACCUGACCUCUAGAACAUCUAUGGCAAUACUAAACGCGAAGAAUACCCAUAAACUAGAAAACUAGAUCGUCCUUUGACCAUACAUACUUAUAAACACGGCUACAGAUAAAACCUUUGAAGGAAAGAUAAAAUCAUCUAUGUGACGUCACAUGAGGGCAAAGUAACGAUGGAACUCUGUCGUUGAAUCUAUACUAUAUAUAUUUUGAAAUACUAAAUUUAAAUUAUAAUGUUAUUGCCUUGUAACUUGUUUUAGUUUAAAAAAUAGUGAAAACAAUUGAUGUCAAGAGUAAAGUUAUUUAUAAUCAUUGGUUACAAAAUAAAAUAGUUUUGAAUGAUCUAGAAAUAUUAUCUUGUGACGUCACAUGAGGGCAUCCUUUCCCGUUAUCUUUGCUUCACGUCGAUCCAUAGAUCCGUAUAUACAGGCCGUGCCUACGAUUAUAUAUAGUCGAAGAGAUCGUCGCGUUGCGUCAAGGAUGACCGCGAAAAUGACGACAACAACGUUCGGAAACGCUAUAUUUGCGCGGCAGCGCAAAUGCUCGUAAGAUCGUUCGGAAGCUUUUCAGGUACCUUUCCGUUCUGUUAGUUUGUUUCUGCGUCGUAACGGAGCAAGACCGCUGCCGCGUACCUUAUACAUUAAACAUUAGCUCGUACAUAGAGGUAUAUUGUAUACACGAGUAUCCAGGAAACGUUUAAAAUAAAAGCUUAUUUAUCGCCGA